AUGAGCCUUGCGGAGCUUUCUUGGUCGCCCAAUCAUGACGGUCGAUUUUUCGUAUUCUGUCAGAACAACUUGUUUCUCUUCCAAAUAAGUGACAUAGACUACCUGAGUGCGCUACCAGCUGACAAUGGUUGCAUUUCCUCCUCCUUGAUUUAAUUUCUUCAGGGUCUGUAAUAGGAAACAAGUGCAAGUUUCUCUUACAGUUACUCAGUGUCCAUAGGAAACUCGAUGGGAUAAAAGUACUUGAAGUUAUUUUUCUGUGAAUCCCUUAGGCAUGCGCAUGGCAACCGUGUCUGAACGCAAAACACCAUAAUCCCGUUAGCCCUAGCUGCCUGGUAGCCCUGGGAAAUGUGAUUGGUGAUAUUAAAUUGAAAAGGUUUGAAUUGUUAUAUUUUGAACUGUUUGCAGCCUUGAAGAUAUUGUGUCCCAACAGGAUCAAUUUUCUCUGAAUAACAAAGAUUUGUGUAAGUUCGUCAUUCUUUAUAGGCUUUCUUUUUCAGUUUCGCGUUCUAACCGAUGUUGUACAUUUUUGGCCUGGAAUCCCUGGAAGACUAAUUUAGUAAGUCAACCUGUUGUGGCCCUUGCCUUGAUGAUCACUAGCAUAGUCUAGCCUGCGAAAUGUCGGAUGUCUCUUCGCCAGGUCAAUCGCCUUCAUUAUAGGAAUGUUAGGUUCUAGUCGAAACCAAUAAAACGUGCCACUACGGCUUGGAAGUCUUUAUAUUUCAGAGAACAGUGGUAGUGAUUCUACCAGCUUUCUAUCAUAUCGUUGCCACUUACACGUUUUUUUUCCAUGUGAAUAGACUUAGCGUCUUUGCGCCACUCGCUGUCCACAGCUAGAGUAUGCAUGUAGUUUGACCUAUUCGUGGCUUCUGAAGUCCGUGUCCCUGCCCGUAAUUCGUGCCUGGUCUAACGAUCCCACGAUCUGCGUGGGCGCCAGAGAGAAAAAUAAGACCAACCUGAAGCUAUUGAAUCAUAGCCAGUGACUUGAUCGUGAUCAGAAGCGAAGAGGCAUCCAUCUUGCCUUUCAACUCACCCUAGCAAUUGACAGAAAGAAAAAGUGUUGGGGAGCUAAAGGUCAUAUAAUGGUCUCGAUUAUUAUAUCUCUGAGUGGAAGAUGAACGAUCUCUGGAAGUAAAAAGAAAUAGAAAUAAGCCACAACAAUCGGGUAAAGCGAGAGAACUGUACAAGCUUCAUACAUUUCUCUUACCCUCCUCCCCCACCCAUUUGUUCUGAUAACCGAUGAUUCCAAUGGAAGAUCACUUUUGAUCGAUCGGCUGCUUCGCACCAAAUCAGCUCAACCUUGCAGUUACGAAAGAAACCGGUUUUGCCCACCAAGUUCUCCUUUUCACACUACUUGACAUAUCUUUUAAUCACCCAGGCAGUGUACUUUGUAUCCAGGACGAUUUCACGCAGUCAUUUUUCCCGUGGUAUGAAGAAUUUUACGGCUGUGUUUCUGACUACAGCUCAUUAUUUGAACAGUUUUUUGUUGUUAUUGUGAUCUCUUUUCCUCUGCCGACAUCUGCUUCAGCUUGCACAAGGGCUUGAACGAGGUCGGUCGAAUCGCGAACCGUCCAUUUUAAUUUGGGAUGUGGUUAAUUCCACUGGUUCAAACCUGUCUUCGGGCAAUUUCUUUCCACCCACUGGUUUCCCCCCAACACCAAGCAUACCUGAGCUGGCAAAUAGCAAUCAUCCUACCGAAAUGCUGCUCAACUAUGGUCAACCGAUGAAUUCAGUUUUCGGUUUGGACAAGACUUCAAAUUCGCCCGUUGCCAUGUUCUCUAACAGGCCACUAUGCGAUGCGUGUAAGGACUAAAUGUUUGGCAUCUAAUCUACAGUUCUUAGCAUCGCAUAAUAUUUUCGGGCUGGUAAGAUCUUUUUGUAUGAAAAAAAAACAAGUAGCCAAGUUGUAGCACAAUAUCUUUAACUUCCCCAUCCAAGCCAAGCCGUUUGCUAGAUUUUUUUACUGAACUAUUCAUAAUUGUCUCAAACGUCUUUUUCAACAUCGAAAUGUUCUUUCAAUCUCAUUUAAACGCAUGAUAGAACCCACCUUAUAAAUAAGUCGCGCAACGCUUCCUCUCCUAACUGGCCCCAAAAAUAUUCACCAGCAGGCCAUUUAACGGGUUUGGGCUGUGGCGUUUUCACGCAAUUACGAGCGUUUCUGCCGUGGAUUUCGCGGAGUUUUUAUGAGGUCGAUGGCCUUGAUUAACGUGCUUACUCCUCAAUGAGCGAGCCCCGUCUGACGAAUGACUAGAAAACGUCUCCAUAAAUCUAGACGUUUCAAUUAAAAAUAAAUCGAAAUAAAUACUGUCAGAUGAUAAGCCGAUGGUUUGUGUAAAAGGUCAAUUCUGUGUAGUAAUUCGGAAGGUUGCAAGUCGAUCGUUGUGAUAGUGAAUCUAUUCUAGCAUUUCCGAUUCCUGAACUCAGUUAGAGAAAGUAACAGCCAACUACCUAAGACAGAGGAAAGUAGUCCUUACAGGAUGCACGCCUGUUGGCUGACGUGCCUGAAUAAGCUCAUUGUCCCGGCGAUCGACUCAACUGAUUUUUAACCAUCCUAUUGAUCAGGGUUGCAUCUAGUCGUCUUUAUAUUAUGGAAAUGGGAGGAUGCUUCUCCAAAUUGAUUCGCCGGAGUUUUUUGAAGGUUCUGUAUGACUUUCUACUGCCCAAACUCCCAUUUUUGGUACCCUUGUACUCCGUACCUCGUUGCAAUUCCGGUCGUUAGGCUAGUGUCGACAAAAGUUGUAGGUAAAUUACUUUCGGAUCUUCAUGGUUCAGGUUUUAGCUGGUAUGCCUUGUACUGUUUUCGGUAGGAGUUUCACCACUUGUCUUGUCUAUAAAAAAAAACUAUCACUAAGUUCUUUAUAAGCCUGUAGACCUCUUAUUGUCCCCGAGAUUAUUUCGAAAUCCGUUAGUAAUGGGGCGUUUAUGGCCUCAUUUUACUGUUUAUAUCACUUUAGUUAAUAUUUACGCAUUUACUGUUUUACAACUCUUAGCUUGUUUUCACUUUAAAUAACUCCGCACGUCUUCGAAUGUCUAUGAUUCUCUUUUUCCUUCGUUAAGCGUAAAGCCUGGGACUUUUCGUCGUGAGAAAUAAUUAACUCUAUGUCCAGGGCCAAAGAAUCGAAAUAGCACUUUUCGGCCGAAUUUUGCAAUGAUUCUAGAGACCACCACAACAGUUCGCAAUUAGUGUGUCGCGUGUCACAUGAUCCAGUUUUACGACGUCAGUCAAAUGUCCGGAAAAAAAUGUUUCAUUAAUCGCAGUCUUGCUUUACGGGCACACUCUUUGACCAUUUUAUAAAUUACGAGCAGGUAAAGCAGCUUUUUUGCCAACUUGUAAAACGGCAAUUCGAGUGCGUGACUUUGCACGUUCCCGGCCACAAUCAACUAGACGUGAUUCCGUGGCCCGGCAUUUGAGCGUUUGACCUCUUGACAGUUCGACCGUCGUUACCUACGAUUCCCAUCGUUUACCCCACAGCAGAAUAGACGCAAGAACGGUGAGCUGCGCGCGAGUAGCGCCGCAUUCACCACACUCUCUCCUCCCCACCACACCCACCUGGGCUCGAUGGCAAGACAGAGUCAAGCAGACCGGAGGUGGCUGGCACAGUCUAAAGCAGCACCUAGGUGUCCCGCCACACCCCCUUGUCCGCGUACAAAGGACCAGGCGGUAUUCGGCUCAGAUCUCAUCUAAGUGGGUGCCAUAAAGGCCACAUUAAAAAGGAACCAUUCCAGCCCGACUUCGUCCUGAGAGGAGUGCUGAGUUAUCCCGUCAAUUGACAAGCCAAGCCAAAGCUUUUAGCACAUCAUGAUAAAUUCGAGCGCGUCAGGUUGUUUGUAGUUAGGAGCAUGCUCUGCUACCGUCGAUUUCACUCUCGCUCCUAUUUCCCAGACACCAGUCCACUGUCCGCGUCGGCCGCUCAACUGAAGCUGAGAGAGGGAGGGCGCGGUGGCGUAUAGAGUUAAAAACAGCCCAUCUGCGCGUGUCACACACACACGACACCAAGACUUAGCACAAAGGGGAUGGGCGGCUCGGAUCUCACAUGCGUGAGGGUGUCAUAGAGGUUGCGUUAGGAAUGAACCUUUGAGUCUGACUCGGUCCACCAGUCGGCAGCUCCACACAAACACGCACAGGGCUGACUGCGAAGCAUGAAUUCUACCACCACUUGGCAACCUUUCUAGCCACAGUUUUUAGCUCCGUGUAAUGACCUCAAGCGGGCCAGAUUUUUUAUAAUAAGUAAUAUACAUUGCGGAAGUCUGCUGCGGGCAGCCAUCAUGGCCAGUCUGGAGUCAUUUCUCAAGGCCGCGUUGCGUCAAGGUCACUCGCCUUCUCAGCGAGCGGUUCCAGACAAGCUGACCUUCAGCCACUCGACUGACUUCAACUCGGACGCACAUGUGUCCACAGAGUCGCAGCUGUCCAUGCGCCACCCCCCUGAAACCGACAACAUAGGCCACUUUAACACCAACCCUCGGAAAAUGCAAAAUACACCGGUUGGACACCCCUUGAACCUGGUCCUCACAAACCUACAAAAACAACUGCCGCAACUGUCUCGAGGCCAGUCAACUGCCGCCUGAGAGGACGGCUCAGGGUUCUGUGUACAGGGAAUCCCUUAUUCUGGUGCUUUCUAUCCUCUCCUUAGAAGUCGGAAUUUGAUGUGAUGAUUGUAACGCCCAGAGUACACUCACCACUUAGACGCCACAAGUCGACUGCACUCUCCCCCCACCCAUACGCCAGUCAAUACUCCGAGCCGGUUUGUCAACUGAAGCUGAGAGAGGGCGUCGUGGCUGACAGGGCCAAACAUAACCCUUUUGCUCGUGUCACACGCGGCCUGGUACCCCACAAAAUAAGCUAGAAUUUGUCCAAUUAUUGAUAACUGCAAUUCACUGUUGUUGCAGUCAUCAAUGUCUGAGCAAAAACGCAAAAAUUCGGGGACUGCUGAAAAAAGUCCACAUACUUAAGUUAAAGCAACUGAGAGAAGACUAGGAUCUAGCACAAAGGAGGUCGACCGCCCCGUUAUCACUUGUGUUGCAUUAGCUGGGGGGGGGAGGGGGGUGGGUGGCGCAUAUGGAGAAUUCGGGUUCCUGUGCGGUGCAUAUGCCUCUGAGGAGAUAUAUGGUAAUUGAGCUUGACCGGCGGCAUUUUACCCCAGGUUUUCACCGAUGCGCAUUUAGCCGACUAGGCUCGUACGAUGACGGAAUAUGCAUAGACAGUGUGGAAAGUUGGCGCGUGUGCGGUGGGGUGUAUGUUGAUGUCCCAGGCGCUAGCUCACCCGUCUCUGUGCAAUGGAUUCGCGAGUGGCCGACUAGGCCGAUGCCCGGUGUACAUGUGCGGUGGCAGUGUGGGCAAGGUAGGUUGGGAACUGCCCAGUCGCCAAGAUGACAGCUGUGUACUUAUUCAGGUUGGUGUUGAGUUGGAGACCAUGGUGAUUUCACACGAAGGUUUGUAGCCGGCCGAAGGCCUGCCUGGGUUUGGAGAUCCAGUGCACAACUUCGUAAUCGAUCGAGGUGCUGCUUGAGAGUGUGCUGCCUAUCCGGCGAAUUUGUCCACGUUUAGAGUUCAGUGCCGUAGACCUCAUACACAACGAACAGAGUCUGGCCUACUGUCAGCCCAAGUGCUGCUUAUAACGGCAAAAAAAGCCGGAAAUGGCACUUCAGUCUCAUUUCUCCUCAUCGGAAACACUUAUUCAUCAGAAGUAUUAUCUUCAGGUUUUCUUCAUUGUCGCGUUCAGGUCAUAACGAAAACGUCAAUUCAUUCGCCUGGCUCUCCAAGGGAUCCUUUAUCGUGGGCAUAACGGGAAAAUAUCUCAAAGUCUACGAUAUCUCCGGCAAGUCUCUUAUCUUUUUCACAAAUCCUACUCCCUUUUUAACAUGGUCUGCUUCCUUCCCCCUUUGGAAGCCAGCAGAUGCUUUGGCAGUACCUACUUGUUUGGCAUAAGUUGUUGAGUGUUAACAUGCCUGUUUUUACUCAUUCUCUUCUCCCAACCCCCUUUUUCGUCCUACAACUUGCAAACCAGAUCCCAGUAGGGUGUGCCAGAUUACGCAAACUCGCCUUGUCAACGGCCUAACUGUGGAUCCCCUCUUUACUUCUCGAAUUGCUUCAUUCUUCCAGGUUGGUCUUCUUCUAAAGGACAUUUCAGCAUCGCCAUUUUGCUUUGUCAACCUCAGUGCUCUGCUAAUCUAUUGAUUUACAUGGUGUAAGUAGGCUGUUUUAUAUUAUCACACGCAUACAUCCAGAUGAUCUUAUGUAACGGUUAUAAUUACCCAUCGUUUCUACGCCUGACGUUAUACUUAACCUAUUAUAGCCAAAAGCAAUUUAACUUUCGGUUGCUGUCUCUGAGAUUCAGUGUCAAAACAUCAUUGGCCUCUUGCAGGCGCCAGUUGUUCGCGCACGGAACAUCCCAGUGUUAGGUGUUAAAAGAAGAAAACUGCAUUUUUGGCGUCUUAGUCGUUUUCUGAAAAUGGGAGGCCUGCUGAUCUCUCUAAGUUUUGCAAUGGAUGCGGACCAUGUUGUACAUUUCAUGAGGAGCAGUGGUAAACGGACAGGUACGAUGCUGUGUGAAUGGACAUUGCACGGUCUUAAAAAAAUCUUAUGAAUAAAAACCUUUUAAAACCUAAUUGUACUCCUUUUUCAAGUAUACAAUAUAAAGAUGACGUGCUUCUCUUUCAAAUGGGUAAAAGAAAGCAUUCUUUGUCCAUGUUUCUUAUGAAUUAUAUUUGAAUUUAUAAGACCAUCGAAAAUCAAUGUGAAAAAUACUUGCUACCUGAGUAGUCCUACUUUAUCGACUACGGUUUCUGCAGGAGGUAGAAAAGAAGUGAUUAUGCCGCAAGAUAAUCAGCAUUAUAAAUCCUUCCUAAUUGAAAACGCAUUUCAGAAUUCCCGCCAAAAUUUCAUGAGAUCGGUCACGCACUAUAGGUGCGCUGUCAACCUCACUGUCAGACACGGCCUCCUGGUGGAAGGAGCAUUUUGUCGGUUUCUGGGUUCGGUAGUUUCGGCCUCCUUAUUUGACAUCCAGUUUGGAAAGUCUUAACUCCUGAGUGUGAAUGGCUAUCUUUCAUGCAGUAGCAGAACUGCAAAACUUGGUGAGGUCAAUCUUCCAGUGGAAACCUGCAGGUGCUAUUUGGCGCUACUACCUAAUUGACUACACACCCUGCUGAUCCUAAGUUCGAAAAUAACUUAUGAGAUAAACUUUGUCCGGCAAUCUCUUGUCAACUAACAGCAGUAGAAUCCAGUCCUCGAUGCGGAUAUCAGGCAACGUGAGUCCGCCCUAGUAAAUUAUGGUGAAUAUCGUCAAUAGUACAAGAAGAUGCGACAUAUAUAACUCCUGUUUUGCAUGCGAUCUCAUGUUUGUGCUAACCAAACGGACCACUUUUCUUUCUUCUGUUUGUACAAUUAAGUGGUUUAUUUCACCUUUUAGCAUCAGAUCGCCCUGUGGAGAGUAGAUAACCUCGAGAAACCCGUAUCCUUUUUGCCUUGUCUAGGUGGGGCGUUGCCUUUUGACUUCGAGUUUCGAAAAUUCCGACCCCAUCCAUUGUUGCCUUGUUUUUAUUUUGGUAAUCAUGCGCAGUCGGGCACAUUCCAUGCCAGUCGACAAGGACAUCAGGAAUGACCGGCCUGUGUAUGCAUCGCUCACCGCCGUUCUGCACACCACGCGUUUUUUAGUCGUGGCUGUCGGGCCGUAAUGGACCAGACUUUCUUGGCUGGGUGCCAAGCCCUUGAUCGUAUAGAGUAAUUUAAAUGGGGUUACUUUGUUCUUUAAGAGUACUCUACUCAACUUAACUGCUCAAGUAUAACGAUGCUUGUUUCGGUUGAAAGUACUCGGCUGAAAAGCCCACAUGAGUGUGUUGCAUGUUAAAUUUUUCCUUAUCCAGGCUUUCAGGUGUAUACCUUUACGGAAACCCGUAAUGUUCUCUGCAUCAAGUGGAGCCCCCUAAGGUUCGUUCAAGUUUCGCCUCUUUCUACAGUCUUCCCACUGUCGUUGUCUAGAAGACGGUUGUGAACUUUUGGCCACGUCAACUGUAACCUGCUUUAUCAUCUCAGUUUGUGGUAAUCGCAUUGUUAGUAAAAAUCUCGGAGACUGGGCUUUAUAUUUGAGGAAUUAAAAUACCUAGAAGACAGGAAGCGCCGAACUGGACUAUCUGAGGCACUGGACACUAAGUACAUGUGUUGUCUGACGCCUCCUGAGACAGUUCAGUAACUUCUGUAUAUUAACAGGUGUUCGUUUGGCCCAAUUCUGAAGACUCGGUGAUCUCGGUGGGGUCGGAACUCAGAACAGCAAGUACAAGGCUUGUGCACAGCCAACGGCCAAACCACCUGGGCUACGAUGCCCCAACCGGAAACUGUGAGGUUACUCACAUUUGGGGUCAAGUUACCCGCCCAGCCUACUGAAACGCAUGGAAUCCAUCAAUCCUGAUACAGUAAUCUGGCUUCUCAAACAGGUUUUGCUUAACCAAUCUAGAAUCCACCAGAUGACUACCAGGCUCACUUGAUUAACCGGUGUUUUUGACAGCUUCGAAUAAUAUGCUUGAUCCACUUGUGGAAAUCUUGGCAGCCUCAAUGGGAUUAAACUCAUGGCUCCCGGUCAGGCCUCGAAACCCAGGUUGUUAGAGCGUUGGCUGUACGCAAACCUGGCCUUGUGGUCGUGGGUUUGAAUCCCACCGACGUCGCCGAGCUCUUUUUCAAGAGCUUGGGUCAAUCGAAUCCUGUAUUUUAGCCAUUAUCGCCGUGUUUCAGACGCUCGCCGUCUCCUUGACCUCCAUGGCUAAACUAAUUCACAACAGAAAGCUGCCGCAUUUCUGACAAGCAGUGACUACAAAGCUCUCGGUGAUAUGACGGGCAUUGUAAACACUGUCCACCUCACCCGAAGAUCAAAACAUCCUUCUCGCCAAAAGUCACGUCGACUUCCCUGAAACGUUUUCUAUUUCGCGAACCAGAAAUCCGGAAGGGACAGUAACUGCUUGAAGAAUCGGCGAAAAAUUGUGUUGGACGGGCCUAUCUACAUGGAAAGUUGUUAUGCCCCUACAUAGAAAUAAUCCUGACUCUACAUAAAUUCCAGGUAUAGUUAUUUGAACAACACGAAGACGAGCGCGCCCCGUGGCGCACAUUUGUGUUGGGUCAUUUAAAUGAGCAAGUUUCAGUUAAAUCCAAGACAGAACCCACGAACUGACGAUUACAAACCAAUCGGGUCCGACAUGUUGGCCAUGUUGAGAAUCUGGAGGAGGCUUAGAUCAGUUGUGUUUUAUUUGUCCUAUAGCUGAAGAUCGACUUUCAAGUUGCGAUGACGAUGUGGCCAUCUGACUAGAGCUGACAUGUUUGACCGAAAAAACCUGCCUGGACACAGUCUGUAAAGAUUUUGAGGUGGUCCUUGAGCUCACGGUAAGCAGUCAUCGCUUCUGGAGAAAAAAUGGUUCCAGCUUAUUAUAUCCGCCACUAGUGGACGUCACAUGUGGGAGGCACUUUAUGCGAUAUCGUUGAGACCGGUUAGGUCAGGCAUGAUUGAAACAGCGCGAAGUAAGUGUUCAAGCACUUGGUGACACACGUCUUCGCUGAUUUCCGCAGGCCGGCCUGUAUAGACGUGUUUUCCGUUAGGUUUUUCCUACUGCUGUUUUAAAUUUUAUAAAAAUUCUGACAGAGAAACCACUUUUUGGUACCUUGACUUGCCGCCCCGCUGAGCUAAUCUCUAUUUUUGACUGAAUCGCAUCCCUUUUCACUCUGUUGAUUGUUUAAUCCGUCUCAUUACCACAGCGAGGGUUGGCUUGGUGUUCUGCUCGCCGAUUCAACCUUCGUCAAAGUUUUCAAUGCCCAACUGCCUUUCAGUCAGCCGAUGGACGAGUCAGAACAGAGUCUCCUGGAGUUGAGAGCAAUGUGUGAGUUAUUUAUGCCCGGGGUUUUGUCUUCUAGGGCAUGGAACCGUUCCUGACAGUUGAACUCCCAUUAUCACCCUUACGUUGGUAGGUUCAAGGGAGCCGGAAAGCCCGUUAGUUUCGUUUGCGUGGCAUGGCACUGUAGUCAACUGCAUCAUCACAAUCGAUCAGACCGGUUGUCUCAAUGUGGCUCAGGUCAAUGAAAGACCGACUAUCGUAAGUUUUUUCACCGAAAAUUGUCCACUCUGUUAGGGAAAUAAAGUCCUCGGUUAUCUGUUUUGACUGAUGUAAUAAGCCUACUAACAUUUGUGCUUUCCUAUGAAUCAAAAACACUUUUUCAGUAAUUAUCGUUGUAGUUCUUAGGAGUUCUAUUAGAGUGGGGUCACAAUCAAACGCCGUCUGCCUGCAUUAGUCACAAACAAUGCAGACAUCUUACUUAUCAGUAUAAUUAUGCUGUUGUCCGUUCUCAAUAGGGUUGGACUUGCAACCAGACCCUGAUCUGGUCCUCUGGGCCUUACUGGCUCUCCUUCAAUCGCCUCGGUCUGUCUGGGUCAGCCGGCAACGUGAUCCGCACUACUUCAAUGCAUGCCCUGCCGCCUGUUCCAACACCGCCGCCGCCGACUGCAGCGGCACCGUCGUCCGCCGCCUCCAACUCGGCAACUGUCAUGCCUUCGGAACAGAUCUCCACCACCAUUGCCAACCGUGUCACUGAGUUGGUUAAUCUCUUCGAGUGUGACAUCGCCGCCGUGAUGCGAAAGCGCGCGGUCAUGGGUUACGGUCUUGGCGUAAGCGCCUGCCAAUUAUUGAAAAUAUAA